GAUAUCGUUAACUCUGAGAUGGGCUACAUGGGCUUCCACGACAGUGAGAGCUACGGACUCACUUGGAAGGUGCGAGGGUUCUGCAAGGACAAGUCCAACCCGGAGAUCUUUGACCAGGUGAACGUGUACGGGAACAUCUACGACUCCGAGCUGCACCACAUGAACUUCGCCGUAUACACGUACGGGCACCAGCAGGGCGACUGGCGCCGCAACGUCGUGCACUCCAACUCCGGCUACGGGUACGACCCCCACGACGACUCUGACUUCUUGACGAUCCACGACAACGUCGUGUACGACAACAACUGGCACGGCAUCAUCGCCUCCAAGCGGUGCAACAACGUGUCCAUCCAGGGUAACAUCGUGUACGGCGGCAACGACACCUCAGCCGGGAUCUUCCUUCACCGCAGCAGCGACUACGCCGUCGUCAAGGACAACCACUGCUACGGCAACGGCGACGCUGGCAUGGCCAUGCUGGAGUCCUCCAACGCCGAGAUCUCCGGCAACAUCUUCGAGGGGAACAAGUACGGCAUCCGCAUGUCCGUGGGCUGCCGCGACAACUUCGUCUACAACAACACCAUGACCAACACCUCGCAAUACGCCAUUUACACGUACCAAGGCUCGGACCCCGCCGAGGUUCAGCCCACGGGUCGUUCCCAGGACAACAUCUUCGACUCCAACACCGUCGUCGGCGGCCCGCAAGCCAUCAAGCUCAAGGAGUCCGACGGCACCAGGAUCACCAACAACGUCUUUUACGAGCCCGGGGUCGUCGAGUUUUCCAACACCACCGAGAACGUCGUGACGGGCAACGUCGGCCUCGAGGACGCGACGGAGGUUGAGCUGGUCGAGCCCGCCUGCUUCGCGGAGACCGACGAGGCCUCCCUUGCCGAAUACUCCUGCUAACAUUAUCAGAGUAGAUCACACCUCUU